CCCUCGGGCCCUUCAUCGAAUAAGUGCGUAUGCCCACCCAGUGCUAGUCUUGUCUCAUCGAUCAUCCUUUGGUUCAGAUGGACACCGUGUCCGACCCCAGCGGCGAGCCUUCAGAAGGCGUUCCUAGGAACACGAACACCAAGAAUUACAUUGUCGGCCUCGGUCUCCUCUUCGCGGUUGUCCUAUUAUGGACUGCGUCCAGUUUCUUGACGCAAGACAUGUAUGACGACGGGUACCAGAAGCCAUUCUUGAUAACAUACACUAACACCGCAUCAUUUGUGUUUUACUUGCUGCCAUACAUUACACGAAGAUUAUGGGCUGAUCGGUGGGGUCCGCCCAAAUCCACAAGGUCAAUCAUAGAUUAUCAGCCGCUGGAGCAAGAGCUUGACAUUGAUGCAGAGCCUGCAGUGGAGCUGAUAGCUCCAAUUGAUCAGGUCGAUAGGCCGUUCACCGUGAAGGAGACCGCAAGGUUGGCACUUGGAUUCUGCUUCCUGUGGUUUAUUGCGAACUGGGCUUUGAACGCCGCUCUGGCAUACACCAGCGUCGCAAGUUCAACAAUUCUGUCUGGCACAAGUGGCAUGUUUACUCUUGCCGUUGGACGUAUGUUCCGCGUGGAAACCCUAACAUUGAUCAAGAUUGGAGCUGUGCUUACUGCCUUUGUUGGUGUUAUCCUUGUUGCUAUUUCUGACGGGUCUCCCGAUGGCCAACCAGAAGGAAUAGGGCCAUCAAUAAUUAACAAGGCUGCCACCUCAUUACCAGUUUUGGGAGACUUCUUGGCUUUGAUGUCGGCUGUGUUUUAUGCUCUCUACGUCGUCUUCCUCAAGGUUCAGAUUAGGGAAGAGUCGAGAAUUGACAUGCAACUGUUCUUUGGGUUUGUGGGAUUUUUCAACAUAGUUCUAUCCUGGCCUAUUGGCGUCAUCCUGCAUCUGGCUGGAAUGGAGCGCUUUGAGAUACCCACCACCCAUAAUGCUAUUGUUAUUAUCUUGUUGAAUAUGUUCAUCACCUUAUCGAGUGACUACCUAUACGUCAUUGCGAUGCUGAAGACCACGCCUUUAGUGGUGACAGUCGGUCUUGGUCUCACCAUUCCUGUCGCGGUUAUCGGGGACUCCUUCCUUGGGAAGCCUGCCGCUGCGCAAGUACUGGCAGGUGCCCUCCUGGUUGUUAUAGCCUUCAUUGCAGUCGGCGUCGAGAACGCAAAGCCAAGCGAGGGUGGCGACCUUAUUUCUGAUGAUUUCGUGGACAACGCUUGCGCCCAGCAGUCCCGAGUUCGGCUUGAGCACUAAGAUCCUCUUAAAUGCAAAGUCCAUCUUUGGGUACUGUUGUAUUUAUUUGGAAGCGACAUUGUCGCACGGUUCCGUUCAUUUUCUAUUGACUGUACUGCUUAGAUUAGAUCCAAACUUAGAGCACUAAAUAUAUGUUUUUUGGUCUUCGAGGGUAAUACUCCGGG